CUUGCCCGCACUGCACCGCACCACUCCUGCACAGCCAUGCCCAAGGCAUCCACUUCCGCCGACGCGCGCCAGGCCAGGCGCCAUAACCCGCUCUCCGAGGACUACGCGCCCACCCACCCGCUCAAGCAAAAGGCCGCCAAGAGGAAGAAGGCGAACAGCGACAACCGCGAUGACGAGGGCUUCGUCGACUCCAAGGCGUCGCGCAAGAUUUUGAAAAUCGGUCAGGACUUGGCCGAUGAGGAGGAGCUGGAGCAGAAUGCUCGCAGGCCGCCCAAGCCAAACCCUGCUUUUGCAUUCGAGUCGAGGCUCGACGAUGGCGUUGAAUCGGACGAGGAGGUUGUUGGCCAAGAUGACGACGAUGCCUGGGGCGACGAAGACGAGGAAGAGAUAGUUGAGGAGAUUGAAAUCGAUCCGGAAGAUCUCGACCUCUUCAACCGUUUCAACCCUACCUCCGACCCCUCGCACCUCUUCCAACCAGGUGGUGGCGAAGAGCAGGCCGGAGGCACCAACCUUGCCGAGUUGAUUCUUGAAAAGAUUGCCGAGAGGGAAGCGCAGGAGGCAGCAGAAGGACCUAGGGACAUUAUAGGCGGAGGUGCGCCCGAGGAUGCUGUAGAACUGCCCGCUAGGGUCGUCGAGGUCUACACACAAGUCGGGCUUAUCCUUUCGCGCUACAAGUCUGGCAAGCUUCCGAAGCCCUUCAAAAUCUUGCCUUCGCUUCCUGAGUGGGAGACUUUGAUAUCCAUCACGCGGCCUGAUUCGUGGACCCCCAACGUUUGCUAUGAAGCUACGAAGCUUUUCGUCUCUUCGACCCCUCAAACUACGCAAAUCUUCCUCAACAGCAUCCUUCUUGAGCGGGUCCGGGCCGAUAUCCACGACUCUAAAGAGAAGAAGCUGAACGUGCACUUGUACAAGGCGCUCAAGAAAGCUUUGUACAAGCCAGCUGCUUUCUUCAAGGGUAUUCUGUUUCCGCUUGUCGGCGGCGGGGACUGCACUCUCAGAGAAGCUCACAUCAUAGCCAGCGUACUGGCUCGUGUCUCCAUUCCCGUUCUCCACUCUGCGGCGGCACUGCAUAGGUUGUGUGAGAUUGCUGCUGAGCAGAUGUCUGUCAGCACGGUCGCCGGUGGCGCAACAAACAUCUUUAUCCGCACGCUGCUGGAGAAGAAAUAUGCUCUCCCGUACAAGGUCAUCGACGCCCUGGUUUUCCAUUUCCUCCGUUUCAAGAACUCGGACCUGUUGGCGGGUGACGCAGAUGCUAUGACUGACGUUGCUGGCCCGGGAUCUAAGAGCGGCGAUGUCAAGUUGCCGGUACUUUGGCACCAGUGCUUGCUUGCUUUUGCGCAGCGCUACAGAAACGACAUUACCGAGGACCAAAGAGAAGCCCUGUUGGAUCUGCUGCUCGUUAAGGGCCACAAGCAGAUCGGACCAGAGGUCAGGCGAGAACUUCUUGAGGGAAGAGGCAGGGGUGUUGUGGUGGAGCCGCAGGCCGGAAAUGGAGGUGAUGAUACCAUGAUGAUUGUAGACUCAUAGAUGAUUUGCUCUGCUCUUGCUGGAGUCUUCAUUUGGUUAAUGAGGGUCGGAAAAAGAGGCACGGCGUUUAACAGCAUUUUUUCAUGUCAAGAAAAAUUAUAUGCCGGCAUUGCCUGCAAUGCCAUCUUUCAAGCAAUCUUCGUGCAAUUCUUAACUGGUUGAGCUCCGUGCUAUCAAAUAUUAGUGGAUACAGUUCGUGG